AUGGCGAAUAACUCCUUCAGGGACUCCGUCAACUCGCUAGGGUGGUCGCGCAGAGAGCCGGAUCUCCCCGUGCACACCGGAUCGUCAUCUAACACCCCGUUUUUAUCUCGGCUCCAGUCGUACAACCCCUUCGGCGACGGCGGCUAUGUUCAGCUACCCACCCAUAACGAGGGCCCCGGGGCCCCUCUACCAGCACCCAAUAGACGGGAGGAAGAAGAGGGUUUCUUUGCUUUGAGUCGAUGGGACCGCAUGCUCAUUUUCGGUGCAUGCAACCUGGGCGCCGCCGUCUGUUUCAUGAUCUGUUUCUUCCUGUUCCCCGUCUUAUCACUGAAGCCCCGAAAAUUCGCCGUUCUAUGGUCUGUCGGCUCAGUCCUGUUUUUGCUAUCAUGGGCGGUUCUCAUGGGACCGUGGUCCUACGCUAAACAUCUGAUCUCGGGAGCACGUCUGCCAUUCACGGCGGCCUAUUUCGGAUCGAUCGCGCUCACGCUCUAUUUCGCUAUUGGGGUAAGUACAUCGAUCUAUUCAGAUUUCCUUCUGUCCCCCCAAAGGACGACCCGUUUGGGAAGUCUUCCAUUUUGUGUCUUAGCGCGAUACGCCUUACCUCGUUCCACGCCGACUAUCCCUAUAUGCUACUUUCACUCCAUUUCCUUGUUUGUCGCACCUUGCUAUACCCCAAUACGGAAAGUAUGGUUGCACUGCACCACCGGGAACAGGGGAAUCUUGCAGCCUUCACGUCCAUCGCGCGGUACAACAUGA